GGGCCUAGCACAGAGAGUAUAAGUGCGUUGACAAAAAUGGUGCAGGCUUCUGCCUUCAUGCCCCCUGUCUUCAUUAAUUUCUCUGUCAAACUGGAAUGGUCAGUCUCUAUUUUGGUUUCUUGAGCUCUCUACUGCUGGUUUGGGAGGACAUCAGGAUAUUUCAGCCAUGGCCAAGAGUCCUUGUCUGAGGGGUUCUGAGGGGGCUCUGAGAGAGAUCCAGAUCAACUUGCUGGAGUGUAAAGUGUGCUUCGAGAAGUUCAACCUUCAGCAGAGGGAGCGCAGACCACAGAACCUUUCCUGUGGCCAUGUUCUUUGUCUGGAAUGCAUCGCAGCUCUGUCCCACCCUCUCCUGAGAAAGCUGGAGUGCCCGUUUUGUAGACAGCUGUGCAAUAUUGACAGCACCUCCCCCUGCCAGGUUCUUGUAGACCUGCAGGAGCUGUUGUCUACAACAUCUUCAACAGGCAUUCACUCGGCCACAGGUCUGACAUCCACAUCUCUGACAUCCACAGCUCUGCAACUCUGCACAGUCUUUGGCGGAUGGGGGACUCUCUUCAACCCUACUGGGAUAGCCAUUUUGGGGGUUUCAGGAACAAUAGUGGUGGUGCAUGAUGGGAAAAAAAGAGUGGUGGUGUUCAGCCCACGGGGAAGGAAGCUUCACAGUUUCGGGCCUAAAGGACGAGCUGUCGGAGAGAUUUGUUACCCUGUGGAUGUGGCUGUGACUCCCUGUGGUCAUGUGGUGGUGACUGACGCUGGGGAUCAAGCAGUGAAGGUUUUUACUUCAAGAGGGAACCAUGUCUUGACAGUCAAAGACUUCUUCCUGAUGCCCUGGGGUGUUGACACAGACAGCUGUGGAAACAUCCUCGUCUCAGAUGCCCAAGCUGGCAAGCUGUUCCAGGUCAAAGUGGACUAUACUCGUGGUCUUAUUCUGAAUCAUGUACCCGCCAUUUCAGACCUCCAGAACCCUAAAACAGUGGCCUGCCAUCAGGUGACUGGGAAUGCAGCAGUGUUGGAGCAUUUGCAUGAUGAUAAGUAUCCUCCAAGUACUCACCAACGCACAAGAUUGAAAGUGUUUUCUAAAGACUUUCACCUCCUCUAUCAAGCCGACAGUUUCAGCCUGACCCUGCAGUCCACAGUGAGGCUCAACAUGUCAGGAGUGGCCUUUGAUGGAGAUGGAGGUAUUGUUGUGGUCGACUCCAAUAAGGGGAUUAUUUGGAGUUUGGGGAAUGUGCUGAGAGGCCUGGACCCGUCUCCUUUAGUGGGAGACCACCUUCUCCGCCCGACUGGACUGGUGUCGAUAAAGAAUACACUUGCUGUUCUAGACAGUGGAGACCAUACAGUAAAGAUUUACUCUGCUAAAUCUGAUCCUUGGCCAAUCAAAUAGCCCACAAUAGGCCAAGACGCCAUUGUAUUUGUAUCUGUAAAUUCAAAACAGAGUGCAUACAUCACCUUUAAAUUAAAAAGACAUGAUUAUAAUUCU